ACCCAUUUUGUUUUCUCAUGAUAUGACCAAAGUACAACUGGCUUCAGACUUGAUUUGCUCUGUUUAUUUUUUAGCUGUCCAUGGUAUCCAUAAAACUCCAGCAUCAUAUUUCAAACGAGUCAAUUUUCUUCCCAUUAGCUUUCCUUACCGUCCAGCUUUCACAACCACAAAAAAAGGAAAUACGAUUGCAUGGGUGACCUAAUUUUACGAUUCAAUGAUUUAUCUCUACACUUCAGGAUCUUGUCUGGUUCCCUCAUAGUUACCCUUGGUGUUAUAGAGGAAGAGAUCACCAGGGCCAUUCAGUCCACCCUCUGCCAUGAUGAAAUAUACAAUGAAAGCACUCCUGACAAAUGGUCGUCCAACCUUGGCCCCAUCUACACGAACCAUUUAAAUCAGUGUAGAUGAGGAUCAGCCCCACAGCGGGCUGCACAGGGCUGAUUGACAGUCAUGCAGAACAUGAUGCAGCCUUCCCCCCAUUAAUCUACAUUGGACUUCUAUACUAUAAUAAUCACAUGCAGCCCUUGGCUACAUUUCCCCCAGCUCUGAUGUAGCAUCCUUUAGUCUUGGAUCUUUUCCUUGAGUAGGUUGGACUUGAUCAUUGCAAAAAAUAUUAUGAAUAUUGUGUCUCCUGUUGAGUCCUAAAAAGUAAGCUGUUAGAGGAAACAGGUGCACCUGCCCACAACACAAGACUAUAUUUGGUUUGCUGCUAUUAUCAGUUCAAGGUCUUGGGCGAGGGGAGAGGAAGGCGAGUCUGGCUGCCAACAUGCUCCUGGGCACAGCUGUUACGCGGGUAUAAAACAUGUGGCAUUGGGUGCGAUGAAACUCCCUGGGGGCACUAACUGAAAUGGCUUUCCUGUGGGCAGUGGCUGCUUACCUCGUCCUCCUUGGCGGCGUCUGGGGCUGUGGGGUCCCUUCGAUUAAACCAAGUGUGAGAGAUGUAGAGAGAAUUGUCAAUGGGGAGAAUGCGGUGUCGGGUUCAUGGCCCUGGCAAGUCUCACUGCAGACUAGCACCGGUUCCCAUUUUUGUGGUGGUUCUCUUAUAAACGAGAACUGGGUUGCUACCGCUGCACAUUGUCAAGUGAGAGCCGGAUCACAUUUUGUUAUUCUUGGAGAGUAUGACAGAAACUCUGGAGCAGAGCCCAUCCAGAGACGGUCCAUCGUCAAGGCCAUUACUCACCCCAGCUGGGACAGCAGAAACCUGAACAAUGAUAUCACCCUGCUGAAACUGUCUUCUCCGGCUCAGUUGAAUGCUCGCGUGUCUCCAGUCUGCCUGGCUUCUUCCACAGAGACUCUGCCGUCAGGGCUGAAGUGCGUCACCACCGGCUGGGGCCGGACCAGUGGAACUGCAAGUGGCUCUGCAGUCAGGCUGCAACAAGUGGCUCUUCCAUUGGUGACAGUGAAUCAGUGCCAGCAAUACUGGGGCAGCCGCAUCACCAGUUCCAUGAUCUGUGCUGGUGGGGCUGGUGCCUCCUCCUGCCAGGGUGAUUCUGGUGGGCCUCUUGUGUGUCAGAAGGGAUCAACGUGGACCUUAAUUGGGAUCGUCUCCUGGGGCACCACCAACUGCAAUGUUAGGACCCCUGCCAUCUACACCCGUGUUUCUAAAUUCCGCAGCUGGAUCGAGCAAGUGGUAGCAUACAACUGAAGACAAGCCUGAGGAGCAUCAGGCUACAAGUCAUGAUGCCCAUGCUAUUCCCGUCCAGGGAAAUGUAUGGGAUGAACAUCUGGCUAGUGGGAGCCAUAGCAGCACCCGUAUCUUUCCUUGCAAGCAAUAAAAGAAAUUUUCCUUGCAA